CUCCGCCAGAACAUGACCGGCCAGACCUCCGGCAGCUAUACCCGCCCGCCCCUCAUAUACCCUCUUUUCGACGUGUUUCCUGUCAAGUCAUGUCAGCCCAGCUACUGCCGGGUCGUCAGCACUCACCAACACCUGCAUCGUUGUUGCUGUGGGUGAGAGAGCGAAUGACACGCGAGUGGGCGAGUGAGGGAGUGGCUCGUGUGUCUGAUGCACUUCCCCAACCCACCCAUCUUUCUGUGUGCAAUGCAAUGCAGUGCAUUUCGGUGCUGCCUGCUCCCCCUGCUGCUACCUCGGUACUGUGGGAUCGUACAGCGCUCACUUUCUCAUCAGCCCAUCAGCCCAUCAGCCCAUCUCCCAACUAACAACAUUGCUCGACCAGCACGGUCCAACGAAACACCACCCCUCCUCCCCCAGAGGUGGGCGGGCUGGCUUCGGACGAAUCGCCCGCUGGCCUCCUGGAGACUGCUGCCCUGGAUCGCGCCGCCAGGUCUGCGCUAGAGAGCCGUGUUCCAGGUUCCCUCCACUCCACGUCCUCAAAUCAUCGCUUCUGUCUGACGUCUCUCGGCACCUUGCCGCUUUCAACUUGACCUCAAACCCAGCCUCACCACCGCCCGUCAAGAACCCCCCAGAGGCUCGACGCACCAGCCAGCCCAGCUCCGGGCGGCCGAGUCUAAUUCUCCCCAGAUCUACCGGUCCACUCGCAAUCCUCCCCCAGCACCGCCCGCGCCCAGAACACAGGCGGGCCGUGAGCUUACGUACCUGGCCUCCCGGGCGCCUCUCUAUUUUUGCCGUGCAGUUGUGGUCGUGUGCCCCAGAUGCCCCGUACAGUCCAUGUCUGGUGAGAUCAGAGGGCUGGCACGGCCUGGCUGAUAAUACAGCCUCCGUGUCAUUCGGCACCGGCCAAUCGCAAAAUUCCUGCUGGCCUUGACUUGCCCUUAGCCUGGAUAUCGAAUCACCAAGAGGCUCCAGAAUCCCAGAAUCUGGCGGCCUUGAUCUACCUAGGUACUCCGUACUGGGCCCCGCCGUCUAUCAUAUCGGACAUCAAGAUUCCUGAUCGCCAGGACCCAUCCUUGCUCGGGGCGCCUGGCACACGCCUAUCGAGGGCAUCCACAGGCUACAGCACAAGACCGCCUGCUGUUGACACGGUAGAUACCACGCCGUCGUGCUCUGCCUCCAGACGCUACCGCUGCAUUUCACGAUUCGCCGCCAGAGUGCGAUGGGUGGGCCCGCGUCUCCAAGACCCAAACCACUCUAGUUGUCCAGAGCCCGUUGUUUUCUGUUCCUGAUGCCAAACUGUGCAAAAUAGCCUUUUGACUAGACCAGGCCUUCGUUUACAAAGUACGAGGUCCGCCUGGCGCUCGUCAUCCCUACCACGUCACCGAGUAUGACGGCAUCGUGGAGUUUUCCGUGGGCCACAGCGACAGCUUUCGCCGGCGUCUCGUUGCGGCUGAAACCGCCGACCUGGCCGUUGUUCAAUCUCUCAUCUCCCAGUCUCCCCAGCACAGUCUAGCCCGGUCUGAGCAACUCUGCACAACCCUCUCCCGCCUGCUCACUGGUAGCUGCCGAACUUUCCAUCUGAUGUGGGCAUGAGAACUGAGACAAGCGCCCCCUCGUCGGUAUCCAUCGACACCCCCCUCCCCAACGCCCUCAAGCCUUGCUGCUCCACUAUCAAGGGCUCAGGGCUGAACACACAGAGGGGCGGAUGGACGGACUGGAUGAAUUAGAUCCUCGACGCAUAGUAUACAGAGGAUAAACAUUCGUUCCGCCGUCUCCUCCUCCACCACCACCUCCUCCUCCUCCUCCUCCUUCUUGGUAGGUCGACAGAGGUGACGUACCGAGUACUGCAGGCAAAAAGGGCAUCAUCGCCCGCGUCAGCCAGCCCAGCCCAGCCCGUCAGGUCGUGAGGCCGUGACAGCGUGGUGGUGAAUCCCGAGUCCCCUGUCUGGAGGCUCGGCCUCCCUUUCUUCUCUUGAUCAAUAUCCCCACGUCCCUCGUGUGCAAUGGUCGGCCUCGCCCUUGCUCUUCCCUCUCGCAAGCCGCGACCUUGUUGCAGAGUCCGUGGGCAGACAUGACGAGGUACCCAGUGGACCCUUGCUCCCUACGUCCAAAAUAAGAAGCUACGGGGACCGUCCCUGGCUCGUCGGCCUUCUCUGCUCCCCACUGAGAGGCAACGCUAGAGGUCCUGGACGUCCAGUUCCCACACAUCAUCGAGGUCCAGAUGCAACCCUGUCAACCCUGUCAACUCUGUUUAAAGUUGAAUCCUUGCCAGACUUGCUCAUUUGAGCCAGGCCAAGCAGAUCUCUUACUGCCCACCCUCUCUCGACUUCGCGGACGACAGGGCACGCUUGUAUCAGGGAUUCCGGCUCACCACCUACCGACGUUCCGAACCUGUCCUUACCAGACCAUUGGACUAUUCAGGGUUGAUGCCUCUUGAUGCGACGGUACAUUCUUUUAUACUGCUGGGGUCCCAGUGCACUGCCCCUCCAUCUGGCCCUUCUCUGCCCAUCUCCCCCCCCCCCGUCGUGCCCACAGUCCCUCCAGCACUUUUUUUCCCAGCCCGCCGCCCAAGCAGCCCAGUCACUCCUUUUCCUGCUUCCUCAGCCUGCCUAUAGCGCCCUGCACGCUAUUGAUCGCUGCUCUAUAAUAUAGCAAGAGCUGGCCCUCUUCCUCGCGCGCUGCCUGUGCCCAUCCGUCACGUCGUCAACGAGUUGUACUUUAUACAAUUCAUCACACUCCUUUAAACCCUGUCAACCCCUCUCAAGGCAAUAACACUGGCCAGCGGCCACCCGCCGUCGACCACAGGCUCUGCUCGAUCUUUUUCCCAUUGUUUCACACACAGAGGUUGCUUGACUCGAGAUCUCGACCGAUAUCCGAUCCCAAGAUCUACGCGUUCCUUACUUUAACCACCCAGCACCCCUUACCCUGACAGCUCCUCAGAGGCGACAUCCAAGCAACCAGCGCGGACCUUUGGGCCAUAUCGGACAUUAUUUUCUCUGGCCCUGUUCCCGGCCUGCCUAUAUUACCAACUGCUCGCCCAUUCUUAAUACACACUUAUAUACUGGCGUCCCCUUGCAAGGAACACUGCAGCAAUGGAUUCGAGUCAGGCACAACUAAGGCAGCAGAUACCCUCACCCUCAUUCGCCUUUCAUCUCAACCACAGCUACAGAAGAGACAUCCCCUCAUCACGGUCCAGCCACAUGAUGAACAUGACCGGAAGUGAGAUGCCAGUCAAAACUGAAGCCAUGGCGACAACGCCGCAGGGAGUAUGGACCACGCCAAGCACAGGAGGCAUGCGACCACGACCAGCAACCAUCCACGAGGGCUUCUCCUACUGUGUUGACGAGAGCUACCAAGGCCUGCCAGCCUGGGACUCCUCGACUCUGCCCAUGCACCAGCACCAGCAGCAACACACCCCCAGUGACACAGUCUCCUCGAGGCCAAUCUCGGUUCAUCAGGAGUUCUAUCCGCCCACGACUCUGGACAACGGUCACUGGAUGCAAAAGCCCGUAGAGGACAACCUGGAGAUGCACGGUAUCGACACCGACAUGAGUAUUGGUCAAGCAUACACCACUGACGACGCUGUCCCGAUCCUCGAUCUUCGCUACCCCGGACAACCUCUAGAAGGUGACGCGGUGAACUUCGAUAACGGUUUAAAUCCUCGACGUAUGUCAGGCUCGUCGUUCACCAUGUCCACAUCCGGUGGGCUGUCAGACAUGACAUCUUACGAGGACUUCUCAGCAGCUCUUUCCGAUGCGCCCUCGUUCAGCUCUGAAUACCCUCCGCCAUCAAACAGGAACUCCAUGAUGUCCUCCACGCAACUCUCACCAGUAGCGUCGCCUCGUAUGACGCCGCAGAGUCGAUCCGAACUUGUGAGAACACAGAGCCGGGGCCGCGCCUCGCCCUCUCCACGCCCAGGAAUGCGAUCUGCGCCAUAUACCGUGGACAACUCUCGGAGCAACAAACGGUGGUCCACCGGCUCCUACGGCACGAUGCCAAAUAGGAGGCCGUCGCCUUUUGUGUACCAACAUGGACCUGAGGCUUUCGGCCCGCGCAUGUCAUCAAGGCAUUCGUCGCCUACCGUUCAGACUACUCAGAUGCCACUGAGCUUUGGAAACCUGCAAGCCACUCAGCAGCAGCAGUUUUUCAUGGGCCAAGCCCACCCGGCCGCAUUCCAGCGAAACAGCAUGUUGCUGCCUUCUCAGCUGCCCUCCCAAGGCUUCCACCCCGAUGCGCAUCAUUUCGAGAACCCGCCACCAUUGCUAUCCCAUGGCCUCUUUCGAAUGCUUCAGAGCAAUGCCGAUCCACACUCGCUCCACGGUCACUAUACGGAUCUUUCGGACCCUCCUGAUUUGUUCGCAUCGCUGCACGAGGAGCAGAUACCACCGCCCCCCGAGGACAUGAACCCGUCAGACCCAGACUUGGUACCUCACGAGCAGGAGUUGCGCUUCGAUGGAGAUUUGUACACGCCUAAAUGGGUCCGCGGCCACGGCAACAAGCGCGAGGGAUGGUGCGGUAUCUGCAAGCCAGGUCGCUGGCUGGUGCUGAAGAACUCGGCAUUCUGGUACGACAAGAGUUUCACACACGGAAUCAGCGCGGCGACUGGCCAGCCCUUCAAUGAGCCGCAGGAGACAAGACGCAUGGACGGCAACCCUGACGUUUGGGAAGGUCUUUGCGGUAGUUGCAACGACUGGAUAGCACUUGUCAGCAGUAAGAAGAAGGGUACGACCUGGUUCCGGCACGCAUACAAAUGCCACACUCAUCCCAAGAUCAAAGAUGCUCCCAAGCGCCGUAGGGAGAGCAGCCAUCAAAAACUGGCCGCCUCAACCAUGGCGAAACCCAAAGUCGAGCCAGGCCAGAAGUUACAACAAGAGAGCCCAGUGACGCCACAGCCGGCACCCGUCUCCAUGGCAAUGUCGAGUACUCCGACACACGCGCAAAUCACGUCUCAUCCACAGCAGCCACAGAAUCUACAGCAGCAUCACCAGCCGUCGGAGCAACGUCAUAGCUACCACCAGCAUCAGUACCAGCAGCCAAUGGUCCCACCGCCCGUUCCCGCUCACAUGCAGAUCCAGGUGUCCGCCCCGGGGCACCAGAGGAAUUCGGGUUCGCCCAUGGACGGAGUCACGAACAUGAUCUGAGCCGUUAUGUGAGACAACGCGCAACAGCCACGCCCGGUGCGAGACACGUGUCACGAAACCUAUUUUCUUCUUUCAAGACAAACGCCCAAUUCUCUAGAGCCAUCGAAUCAUCUUUCAAUCGCACAUAGUUCACGAAGUGAUGGGGAGAUACUGGAUCAACGGGGGAUACCAUAGACUGGCAUUACGGGUCGGGUUGGGUUGGGACUUUUGGAUCAUUUCUAUUUUCUUUAUCCUUAUACGCAAGAGUUACAGGGCGAGCACACCACAGAAGAAGCGCGCAGCAACAUCACUCUUGGAUACCUACACCUCGACCUCACCUGGCAUCUCAAAAACGACUCGGGAUCAUCGGGAGAAAAUAGCAUCCUGUCUCUCUUUUACGUUUCCUCUUUUCUCUUGUACCUUUGGUUCCCAAGUCUGUCUUUUAUGGCCAUUGAUGAUGUAGCACGAUAUGAUGCUUCCGGUUGACGAAAAAAAAUGGAGGGUCGCGGAGAUGGAAUCCAACGACGGCAAACAAAAUCACCCGGCCCUCAGCUUGCAGCGCUCUCUUUUUUCUUGCUUUCUUCGUCUCCUCCGCGUUGCUUAUAUCUCUUUACUCAUCUUCUUUCACUCCUUCAACACUCUUCUCCUAGUUCUAAGUUUAUUGAUGCAUCUCCUUUUACCGAUUUCUUAGGUAGUCUAAUACUAGAUAGUUCCAAUUAGGUCCUGCCGCCCGAGAGGGAAGAAGGGGGGCAGAGAGCGAGGCGCAAAAAGGCGAUGUUUGGUCAAGUUUUCCUGGGGACAUGCAAAAAGAGGAGGAUACCCAUAGGGCCAUCUCGGAUGGUAGGACAGGCAAGGACAAAGCUAGGGUCUGGUUUCUUCCCACGCGCCACGGACAUACGAUUGGGCAAGCUUAGCUGAAUGAAAACUCGUUUGCAGUAUGCAUACGCGGAUGCUGGAGGUGCAAGUGCCGAUCAGGGCAUCAGGUCGGACCCUAUGGCUUCCAUGUGAUUACCGGUUCAGAAACCGGUGUGAUAAACCGGGCACGACCCGCGCCCAAGCUCUCCACAGUGCCUCCAGUAUAGAGAGGUGACGAAGACUCAGGUCCGUUACAAGAGGUGAUAUCGACGGCCCAGCAAGGGCUUCCAAGGCUAGUAGUGGUGCGUCGAACCCCGCCUACACGAGGGGCCCCAUCGGUCCGAGGCGGACAACCAUCACCAGGCAGUCAGUCAGGUUUGGCUACCCAACCCAUAUUGGAAUGUGAUACCGGACCGGCACCGAACAAGUGCAUGUCCCCCGGUGCAAGGGAGCGAUCCAGAAGAAGGUUCCGGGUAAACCUCGACCAUCCUUUUCUAGCCUCGACUGCCCCGGCGAGGCAGAACCUCCGCCCUGUCAGGGCUCAUCCUGAGUAUUCUAGCCCCCUUGGGGUUAUCUCGGAUCUUUGGGCCUUGAUCUUGGGCCUUGGGUUGAUGAUGGGAUCGGGAAGGGAAUGGCAAGGGCAGGGAAGGCUGGGAUACUUGCCAGCGAGGCUGCACGUACCCCCGUCCCCAUCCGGCAUCCUCGGCGGACAACGAGGCAAGGCCAGCCUGGCAGCCUGGCAGCCUGGGUGACAGGAAGUGGAGUCGGGGGAUCCGAGAAAGGCUGAAGGAGAAACCCGACCCGGCCCCCCAGGCCACGCCUUCCGGCUUAUCAAACAAACGUGGGCUAUAGCAAUUGACUCAAUGCCGCGGCUGUUCGGUUCCUUUCUUUCUUUGCCGGCCCCUGCUUACUGCUUCUCUCACUCCCGUUCCCGUCUGAUGUCAACGCUGAAGCGCAGCCGUAAAACUGCCGUGCGUCAUGAUCCCUUGACCGAGAUGUCCAGUGAUCAGCCGGACUUCAGCCCAGAUCUCGGUGCUAAAUGGUUCACGCCUCAAGUCAGCCCCACGAAACUCCUGAUGGCGCCAACUCUCAGCCCUAGAGAUCUGUCCAAAGGGUACGGAGUACGGAGUACAUAACGCAGCUACUGCGAGGCAUGUACAGACGUACCUCACCCGCGGGGCCCCGGUCUCGCAGGGGUCCCUGACCAUUUACGUGAGGGAUGUGUGAGAGUGCGUAAGGGCACCCUGGAUGAGACGACAUGCCAAUCGUAUUCCUGCUAUGUAAACUCUCCGUGCUCUCGAGACCCACAACUGCCCCGAACAGGCAGAUUUAUUUGACAGCGCCGCUAGGCGAGGCUGCGAUCAGAGCUGCCAGAAAGGCGUGGGCAGUGGAGGGGGGAGGGGCGCCGAGGGGGUCGCUGUCAGUUCAAGCUCAGGACCCCCGAGAUGGCGAUGAAUGUGGCAUCGAACGUCGAUCUACCGAAACCCGGGAAAUAGAAUAAGCCCCAUGUACCCACUAUCCAGACAAGCCCCCAGAUGCGGAUCCGGGUUCCUGAUCGGAGCCAUGGGAGCUGGGAAGAAGCAUGUCUGCUUGGGCCACCUAGAACCGUCGGCAUAGACUGCAACGCGGCUCACUAGAGCUCGAUCGAAGACAGACGAACACACAAGAAGAACGGAUGCAUAACGAGCGGUUGAGCAGAUCGGCCCGGGGGGCAGUGGGGGGCGGGAAGGGUGACGUCUGCUGGCGAUGAUAGGAAAUGUCUCGGAGUCUGACAGCUCGCCGGGCAGCAGCUUGCCGCAGCUCUGCGGGCAUGCUAAAACUUGACAGGCGUUGAGGGUAGCACCCAAAGUAGACAGGCAGGUGGACAAGGAACAAAGCGCGCGCUCUGAAGCCUUGGGCGAUGGGAUUCCCGAUUGCGAGCGGGACGUGGCUUUCCUCAGUAGCGAAAACGAGCCACCAAACUCUGCCUGGGGCUGCUGGGGCUGCUGGGCGUGAGGGCUUGCUGCACUGGCGCACUCCUGAUUGCCAGACGCGAGGUUCGGGAGCGUGGCAUUCCUGGGAUUGGGGGGCCCCCAGUAGGCGGCUCGGCCGUCUCAUCUCUCAUCUCCCAGAUUCAUGCGGAGCCUUGCUCAAUGACGUUGGCAGGGCACCAGAGGACGACGGUUCCUGACCGGGCGCAAAUCAACAGCCCUGUCGGGACACGUUCUAGUGUGGGCUGGCGCGUUGUUGGGAUGAGUCACCUUUUUUGAGGUUGCUCGGAGGACUCUUUUGGGAAAUGUGUUGCGUCGUCGUGGAGGGUGCAUCCUCGGUCGCACAUGGUCACGGUGUGGGGGCAGGCGAGGGGUGAGCUGGGCCAAGCUGGGCGAGCUUCGGUCAGUCGAUUCGGCCUCGAUGUGCGUGCGCAGCUGUCGGGGUAUCAUCAGAUGGCUGAGGGAAGAGACGAACACGGCAAGAUGAGGCAGGCACCAGAAGGUUGGCAGGACCGCUGCAUACAAAGCAGAGGAAGGGGCUCCCCGACGCCGUCAACUGGUGUCUCCAAGCAAGCUGGACCAAUCAGCACGCAAGCGCGAACCCUCCCCUCGCC